UUUUCGUGGUGCCCCGGAAACGGAAACGAGUGGAGAGCGGAAGCGGCUGUUCUUGGACUGGACCUUGUUUUCCGGUUGAUCCGCCGGGUCUUUUCCUUGCCCCCCUCUCCCGGCUCCCCCCUCCCUUGCGAGGAUGAUGGUCUUGUCCUCGCGCGGGCGGGGGCGGGGCCUCUGGCUGGCCUGGCUGAUCGCAAGUCUUCUUGCAGUAGCUGAAAUGGAAGAAACCACUGACUCGCCAUCUGAAAAGUUAAGUGAAACUGCUGUACCAUUCGCUGUGAAAAGCAGUUCUGUACCUGCAAGCAGCGAUGGGCCUAAAGAAUCAGUACAAUACAGGACUGCAGAGAUAGCUGAUGCUAUGAUGGGUAGCAGCAUACCUGCAGCUGAGCCUGUAGUUCUGUCAGUUGUUCCAGGUGAGUCCAAGGAGAGACAGGUCUUGGAGCAUGACACCGGCACCUGUGAUGCAGCCGUUGAUGGUGAAUGCAGUACGCAGGGUAUUGUUUCAUUUUUAUCUCAACCUGGGUCUCCUAUACAAGAGCAAGUAAUAGAUUCACCUGUAGUUCUGGAAGCAGUGCAUCCUUCAUCAGGAGAGGACUCUAAUAGCACAGAUGGUAUGAAAACCCCAAAAGUGAAUUGUGAGGAAAGAAACAUUACAGGGAUAACAAACUUCACAUUACAAAUCUUGAAUAUUUCACAAGAUUUAAUGGAGUUCUUAAAUCCAAAUGGCAGUGACUGUACCUUAGUCCUGUUUUAUACUCCUUGGUGCCGUUUCUCUGCCAAUCUGGCUCCUCAUUUUAAUUCUUUGCCCCGAGCAUUCCCAACUCUUCAUUUUUUGGCAUUGGAUGCCUCUCAGCACAGCAGUUUAUCAACCAGGUUUGGAACUGUGGCUGUUCCCAACAUCCUUCUUUUUCAAGGAGCUAAGCCAAUGGCAAGAUUUAACCAUACAGAUCGAACCCUGGAAACACUGAAAUCUUUCAUUUUUAAUCAGACAGGAAUAGAGCCCAAGUCUGAUGUGGUGGUAACUGAGGAAGAUCAGGAUGGUCCCCUGCCUAGCACACUGACUAGAGGCAUAGACUGGCUUCUCUUAUUUUCUUUAUUGUUCCUCAUCAGCUUUAUCAUGUAUGCCACUGUCCGGACAGAGAGCAUCCGGUGGUUAAUACCUGGUCAAGAUCAGGAACAUCAGGAAUGAUAUGUGAACUGAGAACUUUGUUUUUAGAACAAGCUAAACAGCAUUAAAUUAAAUGGUGGAUCAACUCUUUGUGAUUUCUUGUUAGGCAGGACCCUGUAUUGUUAAUCAUACAUCACUCAGCAGAAAUUCCUUGUGAUACAAAUAUGAACAUGCACAGCUGGAAAUUGUUCAUAAAGUUGUUAUGAGGGAAUGACAAAAAUAUCUAUACCUAUCUGAUAUGCUUAAGUUUUAGGAACUGUGUGGUGUCUUUUGGGGGACAUCUGAUGAUCUCUAGUAAUGCAAAUGGAUUGCUGCUUUCUAUUUAAAAAACAAGAAUGUUAUGCAUCUGUGAAAACUGUUGCAGAUGCAGACAGUUCUAAUAGGAAAAGAUCAGGUAUAGGUGUAAGAUGCAGCUUUUAGAAAGUUUCCUGAGCCACCCCAGGUGGUCAUUUUAACUAUGCUAGAUUUGGAGCUGCAACAAUUGACCCCCAUGUUUUCCCUACACGCAUAAAAAAAAUAUAUAAGUAGGGAAUUUGUAUGAAUUGGCUCUCUUGUCAAUUUGAUGCUGUCACACAUGUGGUGCUAUGAUCACAGUAUUUGGAUGACACUUCUGCUGCUAACAUGUCAGAGCUUUUAGUAAGGUUGCACUGACUACUGAUACACGAACUUGACAUUUAUUUAUGGCUGAACUGGGAAUAUAUGUUUCAGCGUUCUAAAGGGUCAGAAAACACGAAUGGGAGGAAUACACAUACAUGAUAAUAAACAUACUUUUUACCCCAUAUUCCAUGUUUUGCAAUGUUAAUGUAAUUUAAGCACUAUUGUGAACUUAGAUAACCUUGAAAGGGUGUAUCUCUACUUGUUCAUGUUACUGUUCUUAUUUUGAUGUGUUAUAUAAAUUAGUAUGACCUUUUAAGGGUAGCCAAUACAAUCCAAUGAAGCUAGCUACAUUCUACAUUCUGUACUACAGCAGCACCAAAGUUCUAUUGCAUUUUAGAGAUUUCUGUAUCAUAAUAAAUCCAUUAACAUC